AUGAACCAUCGAACGAGGGCCCUGGUGGGGCUGCUGUGCAUAGCGGGGCUGGCGUCGGGCCAGCUCAACCAAGGCUACCGGCCGGAGUUCUUCUCGCCCGGUCAGGGCUUCCAGUCGGUGUCGGCGCAGAUCUCGCAGAGUAAUGUCCAGCAGCCGUUUAAGCGUCAGGCUCCGGGUGGCGGUGCGGGCGGUGCCGAUGUCAUCCCGCAUGACCAGAAGAAGCAAACCACCUUCUGGUGGGUGGCACCGGACACCCCGUUCAAGGCUACUAAAAUCGGCGGCGGGGUCCAGGAACCUCCGGGCGCCGGUGGCGAUGGUGAUGAUGGCGCUGCCGGGUCGGCGGCUGGUGGUGCUGGUGGUGCUGGUGGUGUUGUUGGUGCGGCCGGAGUGGCUGCAGGUGGGGCCACGACGUCCUUCCAAUCGUCCUCUUCACGUACGACCGGCUCACAAACCGGGCAAGCGAUCGGGGCCGUUGGUGCUACGACAUCGACUCAAACCUCGACCGCUUCGCGGACAACCGGAACACAAACGCAGACGCAAACGCAAACGGCCGGUGGAUUCCAGCAAGGGGUGGGUGCGGUCGGGACAGCCGGUGCGAUCGGUGGCACUCAAACGAGCGUUCGCCGAACGAGCACCUCGUCGAGUAGCACCUUCGGCCAGGGCGCCGUCCAACCCGGCGUCAUUGCUGGCUCCUCGCGGACCAGUUCCACCACGUCCAACACGCAGGUUAACACCGGUACGGUGCAGCCGGGUGUUGGUGCGGGGGGCGUUCUUACGUCCAGCGUCUACCGGCAGUCGAAAACGCAAACCACCACCGGGGUAGCUCCAGUGCCGGUGGCAACACCACCACCAGCAACCUCAUCCAUCACCACGACCGGGGUCCGGACGGACACGAUCACCUCGAACGUGAACGCCGUUCCACGGACCACCGUCGACAUUACUAAAACGACUAACGUAGAUACGCAGCGUUUCAAUACUGUCCAAACUAACCUCUAUCCGGGCCAACCGGGCCAACCGGGCCAGCCGGGCCAGCAGGGCUCUACUUCCACCACGACGGUCGUCGGAACGGCCACCACCGGAACAACCACGCCAAAUAAUUACGGUGGCACGUCGGUUACGAAGACCCAGGAGCGGACCGAAGGUGGCAUCACGAACAAGGUCAUCACCACCGGUACGAUAACGCGGCCGUUCUACAAGCAAACGACGGUCACCUCCGACGGCUACAACUACCCGACGCCGGACACGAUCCCGUGCUACGAGCCGAACAAGAUCUGCGCCCCGAAUCAGUUCUGUAACGAUGGGUUCGUCGACGAGUCGCAGCUGAAUCUGUUCAACACCAACAAUCAGAACUGCAACUCGGCCACCGAACAGUGCUGCCGGAUCCGACCGACGCCGGCCACGCGCUGCCCGGACAACAACCACGUCUGCGUCUCGGCCAGCUUAUGCAACAACGGUCUGCUGAACUUCGACGCGCAGAAUGCCAUCUCGUCGCAGCAACUGACUGGCGAAUGUUAUGCACCGGAAGUCUGCUGCAGGCAGCAGUCGCUCCUGUCGGACUCCAACACCCUGACCAACGAGGGCUACGUCGUUAAGGUACCGGAAAAUCAGUACCUCCCACCGGAGGGUCAGAACACUGUCACAAACAUUCAAACCGCACCCCCACCACCACCACCCACCACACCUCGCCCACCACCCACCACCACACGGUACGUGCCACCACCGACCACCACGCGCUACGUGCCACCACCGACCACCACGCGCUACGUACCUCCACCGACCACCACCCGGUACGUGCCGCCGCCGACGACGACGCGCUACUUCCCCCCACCGACCACCACGCGUGCACCAUUCCGCGGCGACGAGUACAUUCCACCCCGGGAGGAAGUGCCGGAACCGUCCAAUGACGACCCUAACAAGAUUAGACCUCCGCAGGACGAGCAGCCCAAUCCGGCCAAUGAAACUCCGGUCGUGGUGCGACCGACUCCCCAGCGUCCGUUCCAACCGCCGCGCCCGCAGGAACCACAAGGACCGGCCCCACUCCCACCCGUCGGCUGCUCGGCCGCCAUGAACUGUACCGAGGAGGAGUACUGCUCGUCGACCGGCGUCAUCUCGAAGACACCCGUCGUGCUGACGGAGGAACAGAAGCUGUUCCGCGUGCCGGUCACGGCCUGCCGCAACCUGGAGCGAGGCUUCACCGGCGUGUGCUGUCGUGAUCCGGACUACGUCGAUCCGUGGCCGGUCGGCCAGCUGGGCCAGUACAACCCGGAGAUCCUUGGCUUCGACGACGGUUCGUACAAACCGACGAACGGCAACGGUAACGGUAACGGGCUCGCCAACGGUAACGGUGCUAACGGACGGCGCCCCGGUGAGCCGAUCCAGGCUUCACCGUCGCAGGUAACGUCCACACAAUCCUUUGCACCGAACCAGUUCGUCAGCCAGCGGACUGGUGUGACCCAGGCGAAGACGCAGUACGAUCGUGGCGUAACGGCGUCCGCUUCCUUCCAGUCGACCGUCGGCCAGCGCGUCAACAGUCCGGCCCCGAGCGGGCUGCAGUUCACCAACAGCGGCAACACCCGGUUCCGCCCGUUCCAGAACCAGCGCUCGGAAAGUACCUUCACCAACACGCAGCAGUGCGCUCCGAGGAACUACAACACUCAACCGCGUGGAGCUGGACCGCUCGGCACUGGAUUUGGUGAGUUCCCGUGGCAGGCGAUGGUGCUGUUCCAGCCAAACAAGACGCUGCUGUGCGGUGGCGCCAUCAUUUCCGAUAACACCGUCGUGACGGCCGCCAACUGUGUCUAUGGACUGAACCCACGCACGAUCCAGAUCAAGGGAGGCGAAUGGCGCCUGGGAGUCGAUGCCGAACCAAAGCCAUUCCAGAUCGUCAACGUGAAGGAUGUGGUGUACCAUCCGGCGUACAACCCGACCACGCUGAACUACGACGUGGCCAUGCUGGUGCUCGAGGAUCGUCUACGCUUCGACAUGCACAUCGGUGCACUCUGUCUGGAUGAGAACGACGUGGUUCCGAGCGCUUCGUACGAAAACUGCGUCACCACCGGUUGGGGCAAGGAAGUGCUGAAGAUUCACAUCUCCAACGCGCUGAUGCAGCAGAUGCCGAUCUCGUUGCUGUCGGAAGCGGACAGCCAACGGCAGCUGCAGGCGAACGGUUUCGCCGCGGAGUCGCACAUUUGCGGCCGACCCGCGGGUGAUGCCUGCCAGGUCGAUAUGGGCAGCGCGCUGGCCUGUGCGGACACGAGCGGCACCUACUACCUGAAGGGUGUCUACUCGGCCGACAACGGUUGCAACCGACCGGACCAGAUCGUCUCGUUCUCGAACAUCGACGUGCAGUGGAUCAAGCAGGCGCUGAAGAACCCGAACCAGUUCAUCACACCGGUACCGAACUACCAGACGGCCGCCAACAGCCCACAGGUGACGCGAGUGCAGCUCCAGUCCACCCAGGGUCCGGUCUACAACAACAAGUACCUGCCGCCACUCUAA